CCGGCCAGGACGCACGCGCACUAAACACCCACGAAACAUCGAUACUCAUCCACAACUUUAUCGAAGAAAAGAAGAAGAAGACCCACGACAUAGUUUCAUCGACAACAGAGAUGGCGCAACAUUACUUUGGAUUCGUGGUCCUGGCGCUGUUUUUCCUGGCUGGAGUUUCUGCACGACCUUCCAAUGAGGCAACGACACCUUUAGCUGACGGAUCAGAAGCAGCUGAGUUCGAUGACCCAAAUGAUAAACAAGAACGCUCACUGACAUACGAGGUUAAUCCUGAAGAGCAUAGCAACUUAGAAGAUAUUGUACAGAAAAUCAAAGCAGUCAAUGAAGGAUUAAAAACGACAACAAGAAGACCUCCUAUCAAUUAUAAUACUCAGCCUCAAACAGGAGGGGGCUACGUUAUUGACAAAGACAUCUUAGAGAAGCUUCAGCAAAUUAUUGCUACAGGCAAAUUUAACCCUUCAGCACAGAAAUAUCAGGAAAGCAACUAUUUGAGCGAAGACUUAGGAGCCCCUAGAUAUUCAAGACACUUGCCAUUUGGACUAGCACCUACCACGCCUAAUGGAAUAAAUACUGAGCAACAAGUCCACAUGACUCCUGUCCCUUAUGUCACAAAUAUGCCAGUUCUUGUUAUGCCUUUGGGAAACAGUAUGAACAAUAACGAUUUCCAAUCAAAUAUGAUUGAUAGUUCUAUGGCAUACCAAACACGCGCGGGUCUACCUUUCCCAUUUCAAUGGCCUUUAGCACAAUUUUUCCCUGUUUUAAUUAAAGAUCCCUUACUGAACUUCAUGGGAGGUGGUGGCUGGAAUAACCUUAUUCAAUAUGGACAGAGUGCUGACGUAUGUAAUAGAAAACAAAAGGCAAUUGAAGGUUCUGAAGAAGAUACGGAGGAAAUCAGUAAUGAUGAUAUCAAACCGGAAAAUGAUGGUGACUUCGUUGAUUUUGCAUUAAAUGCUAGACAAGGUAGAGCUUUGAAAAAACGAACCAUUUCAGAAAAGACUUUGGACAACAAUAUUGAAAACAUAAAAAAGAUCAAAAAAAUAUUCUCUGUAAAACCGACGACACCAAAACCAGUUAAACAAGUCUACGUAGAAGAACAAGACACUAAAACAGCUAAUCAUGAUGAUGGAGACUUGCGGUUUCCAUUUUUCGGAGAUUGGACUCUCUUUGGAAACAGAAAGCCUAUUGCACCAAGCCCAGGCUUCUUUAUUAACAAACUGAAGGUCCGUAGAGGAGGUGUCGCUAUAGCUGGACCUGGUGGAGUGGCUACUGCGGGUAGAGGUGGAACUGCUAUCGUUGGUCCUGGAGGCCUCGCCUACACUCAACCUGGAGGUUUAGCAGUGGCUGGCCCAUCGGCACGAGUCAUCGCUCUCUCACAAGAACACGACCUCUCAUCGAUCGUCGCGCGUCUUCAAGAACAAUCAGCAGCGACUGAUGGUUCUGUACCAAGAUUAUUAGAAGCAAUACCUGAAGGAAAAGUUGUUGCAACUGGCCCUGUAAUAUAUUACCAUCCUAACGAACAAACAUUCUACCGUGGAUGGGGGCAGUACCCAGGAGAGUACAGGAGAGAGGGAUCUGGAUUCAGCGGGAGGUCUGACGAGUACCAGUACAACGGAGGGGGCUUUGUAAAGGGGCCAUGGAGACCGGACUCCUUCUUUUUAUUUUUGAAGCCGACGGCGAAUGCUAUCAAUAGCCCCCGAGGAGUGGCCAUAGCUAACCCAGUGUCUAAUGUGAUCAUCGGUCGCAACGAGUUGGGGACCGUUGGUCAUUCCCCUGUAGCAUCUGCCGUGGUGGGGCCCGGAGGCAUUGCCCACGCUCAAUCGGACCUUUAUGUCGGAUCCGUUCAAUACCUUCCCUUCUACGGAGGAGCAAAGGGCCAGUACCUAGAAGUAAAGAAAGACAGCUUAGGAACUGUAACAAGCGAAAAGAUUGUCUCUGAAGACAAAAUAAGCAGUGACAAUAUACUGAAACACAGCGAUGAAAACCUGCUAUCGAAAGUACUGGCAGCUAAUUUGAUAAGCCUAAAAACUACUUCAACAAAUCUACUGAAGUUACAAACUCUGGGAAGAAAGACAGGCUCUCUAAAGAACACAGAAAAAACGAGGUUUAGGAAUCAGCUAGCAGCGGUUGGAGAAGCAGCCUCGAACAUUAUCAAGUUGAUAGAAGAAAUAGGAGAUGACGUGGACAUGCUAUUCAAAACCAACGUCACACAGAGAAAGUAUGACGAAAACGAUGACUACAUCGAAGAAGAGGGAGUAGGAAUCGAAGCACCUACAGACAAUGACGAAACCGCAGAAAUACCACUGGGUGGCACCAUCAUUGCUGAAGCAAAACCAGUCGGUCUAGCAGUGAUAGGUGAAAACGGUCUCGCAGCUUCCCGGCCCGUGGCCACAGCAGUGGCCUCCUCCGGAGUGGCUCUGGCCAGGCCCGUAGCCACCGCGGUCGCUGGAGUGGACCCUGCAGCUCUCGGCAUCAACUUCCAAAUUAACCACUUUGGGAAAAGUCCCUCGAAAUUGCACAAUUGAGCCGUACUCGGUUACUGGUGAUAAAAAAAGAUAUUUAUCUUGGAAUUAAACUCGAUAUGUAUUUUACUCGUAUUUUAUAUCUCGUAGAUGUGCUGCUACCAUGCUAUUAGUAAGGUACUGUUGAAUAUUGGCUAUUUGAAAACCUUUAUAAAAUAUUGGUCCCAUAUAAUAAAUAUGUCAUUAUUUAAUUUUCUUUCAUGGUAGAUAUUUUUAAGUACAUCUAUGAUACUUUAAUGUAAAAUUUUAAUUAAUCAAUUUUCUUCUAUGUAUCUAUUAAAUAAGUUACAACCAACUACAUGUACGAUAUGUGAUGAAUUCGGAAAUUGAUCGAA